AUGAACGCAUUAUCGCAGGAAGAGAUGGAGCGAUACCAGGAGCUCUCCAACAAAUAUGAACCAGAGCUCCCAGGCCCGCUUGUUUCUCACAAACAAUCCACCAAUGCAAUUGCGCUGGAUUAUGCAAAUGCUGACCCGGCUUUCGCCACGAAAACAACCGCACUGGCUGUUACACAUCCGCAUUCGCGUAUCAUGAAGGGAGAUGGAAACUGUGGUUGGAGAGCGGUGGCCUUUGGGUACUUCGAGAAUCUCUUCAAUUUACGCGAUCCCAUGCAAGUACAUCGCGAGCUGGUACGGAUCAAAUCGUUGAACACGCUUCUCGACCAGGUCGGACAGGACGAAAACCUGUAUGAAAUAUUUGUGGACGCCACAGAGGAAGUUUUCGGGAGUAUAUCGGGCGCGAUUGAACGCGGCGAACGGGAUGAUUCCUUUCUUAUUGAGCUCUUCAACGAUGAAUACAAUUCGAAUGCGAUUAUCACCCAUUUCAGACUUCUAACCAGCGCCUGGAUGAAAUUGAAUCCCCAUCGCUACGGCGCCUUCCUAUCCAUACCCCUAGACCAGUACUGUUCAACGCGAAUAGAGACGGUCAAGACCGAGAUUGACGAGGUCGGUCUGCAAGGGUUAGUUGAUGGAGUAAUUGAGGGAUCCGGACUCAUGGUGGAAAUUCUAUAUCUCGAUCGAAGCGAAGGCGACGCCGUGACCUCGCAUGUGCUAACACAGACGAGGCCAGGAAUCGGGGCCAUCCGCCUGCUAUACCGACCGGGACAUUAUGACUUGCUAUAUGGAGGAGAACCAGCCAUGAACAUGCAGCCUGUCGUCAACUUGCAAUACGCUCUAUCCUCCGAUUAUGAGACUCCUUGGGACACUAAUGAUCUCGGGUUUGACGUGAAUUCCAGCUUAAUGGCCAUCCCCAAUUUGAUGAUGGACACCUCCUUUGCGAUGGCUCCUCCAAUGUCUCAACCUCCCUCAGACCCUUAUCGGGUCUCACCACCCCAGGAAGUCUAUCAACCUCCUGUGCAUACGCCCCCACCGCGAUCAGCAGCGCCUGUUACUCCUCCACAGCCACAGAUUCGAUUAACUGGACCACCUCCGAUCAUGAGCUCAUUACCUCCUCGGUCAAACGAUGGCCCCCAAAUCCGGCUGAAUCCGCUCGUCAUGAAACCCAACCUGAGUCAUUCACUUCCAGUUACCGCCCCUUUCAAGAACUCUCCCUACAAUCAAGCCCAUUUCCAAAACUCAGACUUUGAACCGAUUCAUUGGGAGCCUCACGAAUCCCGCAAAUAG